AUGGUUCGUGUUAAGCGACGUUAUUUUGUUUUUCAAUUUCAUUUUAAUUCUAAUCCUACAACUAUAAUUAAGUCAUCACAUAUUCAUACAACAUUUGAAACAAUGAUAUCUCGAUUAUAUGGUGAUGUAGGUAUUGCUCGUUUUACCAGAAAUCUUUCUAUUAUUUAUUAUAAUUCAUCAACACAUGUUGCUAUUGUUCGAUGUCUUCGUGAUGAUAAAAAGAUGCUACAAACAACAGCAACAUUUAUUGCAAAAUUAACCAAUGAUUCCAUUGAAUGUUCAAUACAAACACUUCACGUUGGUGGCAGUAUUCGACAAUGUAAAAAGUAUUUGGUUAACUAUUGUAUUGAACAGUUACUCUUUAUCAAUGCACAAUCCAUUAAUCGAAAUCAAGCAACAUCUCAGCUAUUUAAAAAGAAGAAAAAAAAAACAAACACUCAACAAAAAUUGAUGGAUAUUGAUCCUGAUAAACAAUCAGCAUUACAAAAACUUUUAGCAGAUAGUCGAAUAGAAUCGACUUCAAACAUUGUAUCUAAGAAAGAUGAUGAUGAUUAUUUAGGAAAAAGAAAAAGAGAUGAUGAAUAA